AUGAAGGGAAUUGACUCUGGGCGAGUAGGCGCCAGGUGGGACAUCUGCCCUGGCUGUGGGCGACGGUUGGAGAUUCACUACGGAAACUGGCUGACGAUGGAGAGGUGGCUAACAUGGGCUGGAGCCGCGGAGCUAAGGGAGGUAGCAGGAACGACAAACCACUGGGCAUUCGUUAGCAGCGCCGUCGCUGGCAUCAUAGUGUGGGUGGUGACCACUCCGCUGAGGAACGUCUCGUCGGCGUUCCUAGACAGCGUCGUUGACAGCGGGAGGGCAGUCUACUUCUUCGCGUACACCUGUGGCGAUAGAUACCUCGAAGCAGCGCGGAACGCUAAUGCUUUAGCACUACCUCCUCUCGAGUAUGCGUGUGCUCUGAUCUCGUUGGCGUUCCUGGUCUUUAUUACAGUGCUGCAAGAUUAUGAAUCGCGAUUUGGGAUAACAGGACGGCUGUGCUUGAGAUGGUGUGAGGCGUUCCAUCACUCCUGCUGUUUGUUCGUGCCGGACGCGGUCCAGCUACUCUGGGUGUCUACCUGCAAGUAUGCCCGAGCGACUGGGGAAGCUACGGUGGCAGUGAUUGAAAGGACUGGCGAUAUCUUGACGGGUGUUUACUUGGCGGUCACGCUGCUAUUGACUAUGCUGGUGUAUUUGCCACGAUUGGUGUUUGAAAGAGUGGAAGGCGUACUGGGAGGGCCGAUCGGCGUAGUUUUGGCGGUGUUCGUGGUGGAUGUCCACUUCGAGUUUACAAGAGAAAGCUGCUACUGGAGACGACAGGACUGGGGUCGAACUUGA